AUGUUGCUGUCGUGGGGGUUCAACCACCCGGAAAGCCUACCCUUCGCGCAACUUCGGGCGAACCUCGGGCAGGAGCGGUGGGAGGAGCCGGAGGAGGGCCACCACGGAAAGGAGGCAAAGGAGUUCACGGAACAGAAGCUAGCUGAAUUAGACAAUUACGACGAGAUGGUGGAGAGGAUGGAGGGCCUGCAGGAGGAUGUAGAGAACGGGAAGAUGACGAGAGAGGCAUUCGUUGCACUACUCUGGGAAUCAAAUGGGUUUGGAAAAGCCUGA